AUGACAACUGAACAGUUGGAAGGUGAUGAGACUCUGGCUGAAUUAAACGCCCUUAUUCAAUCUAAACGAGACAAAAUUGGUGUACCAUCCACUACAAGCCACCCUAGUAAUAGAGGAAAGUUGCCAGAACUUAAUUUGCCCACAUUUGAUGGCAAUAUUUUACAGUGGACACAAUUUUGGGACCAAUUCAGCUCAAAUAUUGAUCAGAGAGAAUUAAGAGACGUAGAUAAACUUCUGUAUCUAAAAACAUCCUUGAAAGGAGAUGCGAAGACCAUUUUAGACGGGCUAGAAACAACUAAUGACAAUUAUAAAAUAGCUGUAGCCACACUUCAUAACAGAUAUGGUAGAAAAUCGCAAGUAAUUGAUGCUCAUUAUUCAAAAUUAUAUAAAAUGACGAGGGCUGAGAACCCCGACGAAUGUAGGAAAACAUUAGAUGACAUUGAACGACACUUAAGAAUUUUAAAUACUUUAGGAGAAAAUACCGAACAUAACCACCUUAGAUUCUUAAUUAUGGAAAAAUUCCCCGAGGAUAUAAUAUACGAGUUGAAACUGAAAUUGAAGGAUGAGUCUAUAGAAGAGUUAAGAAAAGAGUUGCAAGUAGUGCUCACGGCCAGAGAAGAUGCAAAGAGAACUUGUGAAGAAUUCAAGAAUAAGGAGAAGAGCUUCACUACAGAAAUGCUUCUAAUACAAGAGUCCAGGAAAAAGAAAAGAGCAAGGUCGAGGAAACCAGAUGUUAGCAAGGACACACAUAAGAAGCAUAGACCAACCUUGACUGCCUUUAGUAAAACAUAUGCCAAUAAACGAAAGUUCAUGGAAGAAAGAAACAGUUCUGCACCUAUUCAAAAGAAAAGAAAGAUUUCAUGUAUAUUCUGUAGUGGAGAUCACUUCAAUGAGGAGUGCACCAAGUUCAAAACAGUACAACAAAGAAAGUCAAAGUUAAAUAACCGCUGCUACAUAUGUUUAGGUCUAGGUCACCGUGCAAGAACGUGUAAAAGAAAUUUUAGAACUUGUCUACAUUGUGGAAGAAAAGGACAACACAACAGAGCACUGUGCCCUACGAAGGAACAACCCACGAAGGAACAACCUAAGAAGGAAACCACGACCUCAUUACAUAUCAAUGACGAUUCGCCAACAGUACUCCAGACAGUUAUAGUUAACGCUAUAGGCAGAAACAAUACAAUACUCAAAUGUCGUGUGCUCUUCGAUUGUGGCAGCAUGAGAAGUUAUAUCUUACAAAAGGUAGCCAAAAAACUUAACCUGGAAUCUGAAGAGAAACAGCAUCUCACGGUAUUUACCUUUGCUGAGGAUAAACCUCGUGAGUUGGAGACUCCACUGGCCAGACUCUGCUUGCAAACAAAAACUAAUGAACUAAAGUUAAUAUAUGUCAACAUUGUGCGCUCUAUGACUCAUGAAGUAUCCACCUUUAGCAAGGACUUCUUAGAAUGGGAACAUCGAAACAAGUAUAUUCUAUCCGAUGACGGAUCACUCGAAGAUCAAGUUGACAUCCUGAUAGGGAACGACUACUAUCAGUCACUAAUGCUAUCCGAGAAGAUAGAGAUAAAGGAAAAUCUAUAUCUAGUGAAUUCUGUGUUUGGUUGGAUGCUGUCUGGUCGAUCAAGAGAAGAAAGAGGAGAAGAAUUAUCAGUACUUACAUACUUCCAAGCCUCAUACGAGACCAAAUUAAAUGAACCAGAUCUACCGUUGGAUAAUACAUCUAUGAGAGCCUUAUGGGAUUUAGAAUCUAUAGGAAUUGUCGACUCGCCUAACACCAAUAGAGAUGAAGAAGCGAUCAAGCAUUUCAACGAAAACACAAUACUAGAAAGUGGAAGAUACCAUGUCAGCUGGCCAUGGAAGGAUUAUCCUCCAGAGUUACCAACAAAUUACGGAUUAGCAUAUGGAAGACUUGUGGGGCUCGUGAGAAGACUGGAUAAAGAGACGUUAUCAAUGUAUGAAAAGACAUUAAGUGAUCAAUUGGAAAAGAAAAUUAUAGAAGAAGUUCCUAACAAGAAAGAAAGGGAUCAUCCUAUACAUUAUUUACCAUUUCACGGAGUUAUGGCUACUGGAAAAGCACUUAGACUGGUAUAUGAUGCUUCAGCGAAAGUAAAGAAUGCGAAAAGUCUUAAUGAAUGCUUAUAUGCCGGUCCAAUGAUGCUAGAAGACCUGACUGGAUUAUUAAUUCAAUUCAGAUGCCACAAUGUAGGAUUAACUGCAGACGUAGAAAAGGCUUUCUUGCAAAUUGGAUUGAAUAAUAAUGAUAGAGAUGUGACUAGAUUUCUAUGGCCGAAAGAUACAGAAAAACCUGUUACUGAAGACAACCUUAUACAAUACAGAUUCACUCGGGUACCCUUUGGAAUUAUCUCCAGUCCAUUUUUAUUAAAUGCUACAAUAAAGCAUCAUCUACAGACCUCUGAAGGGAAUUAUACAAAACAGCUGGCCAAUAACAUAUAUGUGGACAACCUACUUACAGGCACAGAGUCAGUAGAUGAAGCAUUAGAUCUGUAUAAAGAGGCAAAGGACAAGUUUUCUGAGAUAUCAAUGAAUCUUCGAGAGUGGAGUUCUAAUUCAAAGGAUUUUCUCAAUCAAAUACAGGAUGUGGCUCCAGAAACCACGGUGAAGACUUUGGGCUUAAAUUGGGACUUAAAGGAAGACUCACUCCAACUUAGAGCCAAAGUAAACAAGAAUAAUGAGAUUACGAAGAGAGGAAUACUCAAAACUAUAGCGGCAAUAUACGAUCCUUGUGGAUUCAGUGUACCCAUAGUACUGCCAGCCAAACUACUUCUCCAGCAAUUAUGGAAGGAAAAGGUCAAAUGGGACAGCUCAUUAUCUAAUGAAACAAAACAGAAAUGGAUGAGUAUUCUAGAAGAUCUUAAAGAAAUAGAGUCAAUACGUCUACCAAGAAAUAUGACUGUGCCAAAUAGACAUAAGGCACAAUUACACUGUUUUACAGAUUCUUCGACAGUAGCCUACGCGGCUGUAGUAUAUCUGGUGCAAGGAGAUAACGUUAGUUUGUAA